ACCAACGGAAUGUCCUGCCAAAUGCAACCACUAGGCACGGUGUUGUUAACGCCAAGGUAAACAUAUGCACGAUACUCUGUCAGUGCUUCACAAACAAAGUGGUGCUUGCUUCGUGCGGGAAGUGGCUUCAAUCUGAGCAUCUUCUAAUUGUUGACCAAGACCAUUAAUCGCCGAAUAAUGAAUGCCAAAAUAGGCAAACAGCGUGCUCAACCGGACGAUAUGGUGGCCGCAGGUGGCUUGAUGCCGCUUAUUCAGGCACUCAUCAAGCCACCGGAAUCGAUUGAUUCGUUGGGACGAAAUCAUCAAAAGCGGAGUAACCAUCCAUAUUACAGGAAGCCGGGACGGGGUCACAAUAAUGAUACGUGCGAUUCGUGUAAAGAAGGUGGUGCGUUGCUUUGUUGCGAUCGAUGCCCUUCCUCCUUCCAUCUCGGGUGCCACGAUCCACCGCUUUCGGAAGAAGAAAUACCGUACGGUACGUGGGUCUGCCAUACCUGUAAAUGCAAAUCCGAGAGUAUAGACGAAACCCUCGGCACAGGCGGAAAGCUACGCUUACGUGUUCGUAGCCUAUCGCAUAAAAGCUACAAUUCGAGCAGCUCCGGCGGAAAGCAUUCGCACGAUAGUGACAAUAAUGAUUCACUAGCAGGUUACAGUGAACCAACCACACCACUAUCGGAAGCCAUUGCACUUGGUUCGACUAGUUCGUUGGUCACGGAGUUGGAACAGGUUGAACCGCAUGCGGAUAGAAGCUGGGACGACUGUAAAAUGAAUACACCGUUCGACCAGCUAAUACGUGCGGCUCGGUUACUGAAUCCCAAACAGUUCGAGCUGCCAUCGGAUAUGGAAAUGUGCUUUCCGUUUCCGGGAACGGAAAAGUCGGAUGGGCUCGGUAAACGGGCCAAAAUGAAGAAAAUGCACGAGCUGGAUAGUCAGGGGCUGGUGCCACUGCCUGCAAAAACGUGUCACACCUGUGGACAGUCUUGUCGCAAAGCGCCACUGGUUGCUUGCGAUUAUUGUGAGCUGGUGUUCCAUCAGGACUGUCUCGAUCCACCACUUACGGCAAUGCCCACAACGAUGUGGAUGUGUCCAAAUCAUGUGGAACAAUUUGUUGACGCAAAAAUGGUCAACACUGUGUCGGCAACAGAACGCAUACGAUUGUGGAACCAAUUUAACAACGAUAUCGAUCACGAAACAGUGAAAACGGAGUUUCUACGCAAAGUGCACCGUAAAAAUCCUCCCUUUCGUUUGAGACAAAAGAUUCGGCCGCGAACCAAAAUUAUGGUACCACCGUCGAUUGAGUAUCACUAUCGAAAUCGUGCGCCGCUGCUACCUUCGCUUAGUACGUUCCUGCGUUCGCGUCAAGUGAACCCUUCCAUGCACUUCAUGCAUGUACAACCGGUCCGUUAUGAUGACGAGACGCUGCUACAAAUUGUCGAACGCGAGCUGCAAGCCUUCGUAGAGGCGGACGAGCGAAUGGGCUACGAAAAGAUGAGCACAGCCGAGGACGGAAGUGAUGAUGAGGAUGCAGAAACGAUAGAUGAAAAGGGUGCAAAUGCAGAAGCGACCGUUAUAGAAUGCAAUGGCAAGACAGAAGAAACUAAGGCGGAAAGUAAGAGCAUAGAAGCAAAUGGAGUGCAGAGCGAUGCUGACACUAAUGAAGGUACCAAUUCACUCGAAUCGAACCUUAAAAAGGAUGUUAGUGCACUGCAUGUACGAGACAUGAAACUCGGGUUCAAAGAUAAAAUUUGUGAGAGAAAAGAAAAUGCACCAAAAAAUCAAAAUGAUCUGGUGAUGCGCGAGUUGGACAAUCUGGAACCUUCGCUGAUACGGCUGUUGGCGGUACAACGAAUGCAGCAGCUUAUAGCGGAUCAUCCCGAGUGUUUGGUUAGCUCCACAUCUAACGGUACAACGGCACAGAAAGAAGCAAUAGAACAGAUGUGUCAGAGCGAUGAUCUAAAAAAGAUGCCACUGCCUAGCGAGCUGCUCACAAAGGAAGAUAUAGAGCGGAUAGCGCGUGAAUUCACUACCGCCAAUGGUGGCAACAACACAAACAUGAAAGAUCACGAUUUAGGAAAAGCACAAAAUGGACCGGAAAGCGGAAAAACGAAAAAGCCACCGAUCAAACAGGAUGUAUCCGAUGCAACCGUUACUACCUCGUCCAAGAAGGAUGCCCUGACCGAGUUAACGAGCCGCAUAGUGAACCAAGCACAGCAUCAGCAAAUUCGUGUACGAGCCGCCCUGACCUGGGUCAACUUGGAUCAGGAGGGAUAUUUUUCGUUUGAAAAAGUGGAUGCAUCCGACGCGAUUUGUAUGUCGUACCGCUCAUUUACGAUCGGUUCCGGGCCGGGCAACGAUGUAACGCUGGCCAAGUAUGGCGAUUGUUGCUGCACAUCCAGCCGACAUGCGAUCAUAUUUUACGAUGAGGUGACGCAAAUGUUCGAGCUAAUAAACUACUCCGAGUUUGGUACGGAAGUGAAUGGGCAUCUUUAUGCCUGCGAUUUUGGCGAUCAUUCAACAGGAUGCUCGUACGAAUCGCCAACUCAACAUGGCACCGCAUCGGUGUUGGAUUUGCUAGCAGAGGGCAAAAAAGCAAUAAAUGACGGGCAGGAAUUUAGUACAGGAACGCUAGGGUCCGGUACGAAAUGUGAUUCCCGAACUCAAGCAAAACAGGACGUGCAAAGUAUACUCGAAAAGGUUCGCCAAACAAAUGCACAAUUAACGGCGAAAGAGUUUUAUGCUUCCACAUGCAUGGCCGAUCGUACACUACCGCUGUGCAAAUGUUCAUCGGAACGGCGAAUACCGACGCGUGCGUGCGGAUGGGAGGGCAGUGCCAUACUGUACCACGGUGCAUUGAUACGCUUCGGUUGCCACGCGUUCGUAUUCACAAUCGUUGAUUACGAUGAUGGACAGGAUGAGUUUGAGGAUUCUUACCGGGAUAGUGAUAGCGAUUAAAGUUAUAAUCGCCGCAUUAUAAUCGCUUUGAACUUUGAGAUUGCUGAAUAAAAUUGAACGUAAAUGCUCCAA